GUAAGUGUGUGUGUGUGUGCUCACAAACUGCACAUCGGUUGCGAGUUUGUUGGUCAAUUUAUUCUAGAAAGGUUCACCUUCCUUCACCGGACCAUAUGCGGCACACACACGCUUCCUGGUACGUGUACUGCUCCCGGCUCGCGAAACCAUUCUACGAGCGUUCCUGUGCCAAAGUGUCGAUAUAUUCUUGGGGCACCAGUCGCGACGCCAAAAACCAAGCGCAACCAUGGGCCAGCUGAGCAAACACUUCCAGCUGGUAACGGUGGACAAAACGUGCCGCGAGAUGCUGCAUCCCGAUCAAACCUGCGCCGCCGCCUGGUGCACCUUCCUCGUCGAGGGUGUGCUGGGCGGGUUGCGCCACUACCUGCCAGCGGUUGUCACGCCGAUGCUGUUCCGCAUCCGCCAGUGGUCCGAUCCGGAGGAGUGGCGCAACUUUUUCUGGCAGUACGCGCGCUGCAUCCUGGCCGGACUGCCCAUGACGGGCGGCAGCUUCCUCGCCUUCUGUCUGUUCUACAAAUGUAUGGGUCGCUUUCCGGCGGCCUGGUUCGUGUUGGUACCCUCGCUGGCUGGCGGGUUGACGGCACGCUACUUGCCGCGCCACAUCGUUCGUGCCCAGGGCAUUGGUCUCUUCAAUAUGUACAUCGAGUUCCUGAUCCGGCGGGCGCACAGUCCGCUCGUGGCCCACCUGCGCACCUCCCGGCCGUGGGGGACCGCCAUCUUCGCCGCGCUCAGUGCGGGCAUUAUGGCGGCCCGCCAAUGGCUGCAGCUGGACCGGUUCUGGUUUGCCAGCACCUACCCAGCUGACCAUUGCGCCCGCCAGCACGUCAACCCGGCUGACCCAAGUCGGGCGUCCACCAGCACCACCACCACCACCUGCCGGCAGCACAUCGUAACGGCCAUGAUGCGCUCGGUGUACAUCGGUCUCGCGAUCAGCCUGGUAAAGAACUUCCUGCCCCGCAUGCCGAUGCUGCUGACCGAUCCGGUCGCGCUGGGCCAACUGCUGCUGACCCGGUUCGAUCUCGGCCUGUUCGGCUUCAUCACCUGCUACAAAACGAUCUACGAAGCGGUCAACUGCGGGCUGGCCGCCCGACGGCCCUCGCCGAUCGUGCGCAGUGCCGCCGGCGGGCUGUGCGCCGGCCUAGCCUACUACUGCUUCCCGAACUAUCUGCUGUUCACCUUCGCCCUGACCGAGCUGGCCGAGCUCGGCUGGCUGGUGUACAUGCGGUCGGAGCGGUUCCGCAAGCCGCCCGCCGUCCGCUGGCUCGACGGCCGGCUGCCCGUCUCGAUACUGCUGUACACGGCCAGCCUGGGCCUGCUGUGCCAUCUGCGGAUCGUCUACCCGUACCACAUCAACCGCUACUGGCACAAGCUGAUGGCGAACGGGACGUGGGGCCGGUCGGACGCCCUCGCCCGCAAUUACGCCCGCAUCCUGCUCGCACUGUAGUUUCAUUGGCGUUUUCCCGAUGCCGUGUGCCGUGCCGGCGUUGUGAUGCAACUUUAUUGGAUUUUGGUUUUUAUUCUUUUACGGUGGAAAGUAUCCAAAUCCAUCGGUACAAUACUGCGAGCAAAACUGAUACGCCAAAUAAUGGAAUAUCGCUUUCAUGUCUCUCACUCGAUGUGGUUGUUGUUUUUAUAGCUUUUGCCAAAAGAAAAACAAGAAGCAAAAGCGAGGGUGUGGCCUUAUUAUGAUGCGUACUUUUAUGAUAUGCAUCAAUUCACGCUUAGGCAUUAUAGAAAAUGUACCAACCAGAGCCGAAAUUUCACGAGCAAUAAAAUAUGUGUGUGUGCCUGUUUGUGUACAGCGGCUGUGUAUGAGGCUGAGGACAAUGCGGUGCAAAAAAGCAGCAAAAUUGCUCACCUUAAAGAUUCGCUUUGCUUCGGGUCUUUGAUUUUAUGAUCGGUUGUGUUUGCUUAGUUUAACCGUAAAAAAGGGUUAUUUGUAAACAACGCAGCAAUCGCUUACAACAAGCAAGUUCUAAUCCAUUCCCUUAUUUUUGGGACGGGAAAAUAAAGGAAUCAAUGGGUUUGAUUGUCGAUA